AUGCACAGGAGCGAGCAGUGGCGGGGACAAUGGUGGCGGAGGGGUGGGAACGGCCGCGUGGAGAUGUCCCUCCCGCCAAAUCUCGCUGCGGAUAGGGGUCGAGCUCGGGUCGACCUCCCGCCCUGUGAAUCUAAAGGUUGCGGGAGAUCUUUUGCCGCGCUCCGCAAAAUAUUUAACGGGUCGGCCGCGUUCGCGGGGUCUGUUCGGGCGGGAUUUUCCGCGGCAACCCGCAUUUUGACGACGGAGGGUCGCUCACCGUUCGUGGCCAAGACGUACCAGCUGGUGAGCGACCCUAGGACGGACGCGCUCGUUAGGUGGGGGAGGGACAACAACAGCUUCCUCGUCACCGACGUCGCCGGCUUCUCGGAGCUCCUCCUCCCAUGCUUCUUCAAGCACGGCAACUUCUCCAGCUUCGUCCGCCAGCUCAACUCUUACGGCUUCCGGAAGGUGCACCCGGACCGAUGGGAGUUCGCGCACGAGUCAUUCCUUCGCGGCCAGACGCACCUUCUGCCGCGCAUCGUGCGCCGCAAGAAGAAGCGCGGCGAGACCUCUUGCUCGUCUCUAGUCGGCGGCGGCGAGCAGCAUGUGAUGGCCAAUAUAGGAGAGGAAGUGGAGGAGGGAGAGGACGACGAGGGGAGGGAGGCGCUGCUCGAGGAGGCGACGAAGCGGCUGAGUGACCGGCUCAUGCCCUUCCUCGCCCGGCUCGACGAGGAUCCCAACGCCACCUCCCUCCACCUGCUCCAACAGGCAGCCGAGAAGAAGCUGCAGCGCAUGAAGUUGCCUUCCCGUGAUUUUGCUUCCUUUCCCAUUGCACCCCCGCUUCACCUGGCGCCUUCACCGCUAUUGGCUCUCGGCGACGAAGCCAUGUGCGGCGCCAGAGUCGGGCAAUGGGCGGAGCCGAUGCCACUGAAACUCCCAACCUUGGAGGAGCCCUCCACGAGCUCCGGGGUGCAGCAGGUGCCGGAGUUCGAGGGCGGCGGCAGGGACAGCGGCAGCGGCACGGGCAUAACUGACAGUGGGACCGCAGUGGAGAUCCCCUUCCCGUUCUGCCUACUUGGCCAGUGUUUCUUCUAA